GACGCUGCUUUUUGAUUUCUUACUUUUCAGUUAUUCUGAUUUCAGAUUUGUUUACCAGUUUUGGUUUAUUCGACUCGUACUCGUACGGUUUCUUCAAAAGAAAUCGGAUUAUUCAUUUAUAAAUUCACGGAACUUGUGUUCCCCCGAAGAUUCCCUUGUGGCUCCGUAACGUGCGGAAGAUUCCUCGGCGAAAUGUCGUUGAUCUGUGCGCUGAGCCGCGAGAUUCCGGAGCAGCCAGUCGUGUCAUCUGUCUCUGGCAGUGUGUUCGAGAAACGCCUCGUGGAGAAGUACAUUGAGGAGUAUGGCACUGAUCCUAUUAACGGGCAGCCGCUGGCCAAGGAGCAGCUGAUCGAGAUUAAAACGAGCAGCGUCGUGCGACCCAAGAUCCCCACCAUGGCUGGUAUUCCCGGAUUACUCAAGACCCUGCAGGACGAAUGGGAUGCGCUGAUGCUGUAUAAUCACGCAAUGAAGCAGCAGCUACAGACUACGCGUCAAGAGUUAUCACACGCCCUUUACCAGCACGAUGCCGCGUGCCGUGUGAUCUCGCGGCAGCAGAAGGAAUUGAGUGCUGCACGCGACGCUCUGGCGCAUUUGAAGCCGCAUCAGCAGUCGGCGCUCGGACGGGAGGGCUUCGCCAGCGCGCCCCAAGUGGCAGCCGUGCCCGAGCCGGUUGAGCCACAGGGCAUUCCGGAGGAUGUUCUCACCAAGAUCACGGCUCGCAAUGCGGAAUUGACAGCGGAGCGAAAAAAGAAGUUCCGCAAGGGCGAACCAGCUCCGGAAGGCUUAGUCGGAUGGGAUGAACUGAAAACGUUCCGUGCAGUCCAUUCAGUUUCGGGUCUCCACAGCGCCUCUACACCCGGCAUCACUUGUAUCGAUGUGCAAGUCGCGGAGAAUGACAGCCAACGGGCGCACAGCACCUGCGUUACCGGUGGUAACGAUAAGAUGGUGGUGGUCCACGAGCGAAAAGGCGACACGGAAAAGGUUGUGGCCAAUCUCAGGGGGCAUGCUGACCGCAUUAACAGAGUGGCAUUCCUUCCCAAUCGCAAUUUUGUCGUGAGUGCGUCGGAUGACUGCACCUUCCGGGUAUGGAAUGUCGAUCAGAAGGAAGCAGCGAUGGCACCGUUCGGAUUCCACCGAGGUCCAGUUACGGCUGUGCAUGUCCAUCCGGCCAGGGAUUACGUUCUUACAGCAUCGCGAGACACAGCUUGGGCAUUCACGGAUGCAGUGCUGGGAAAAUGUUAUCGUGUGGAAAAAGAUCCUGAAAAUCAAGGUUUAACGGCAGCGCAGUUCCAUCCAGAUGGCAUGAUUCUGGGAGUGGGCACAGACGCUGGUGUUAUUCGGAUCUGGGAUAUUCGUGAAGGUACUAACGUGGCCAACUUCGUGGAACACAUGGACGCUGUGUCGGGACUGGCGUUCUCUGAGAACGGCUACCAUCUCGUUAGCGCGGCGGCUGACUGUUCCGUGCGUGUCUGGGAUCUCCGUAAACUGAAGACACUGCAGGAAUUUAAACUUCCCGCCAACUAUAAGGUGCACGAUGUCGUGGUGGACCAGAGCGCAUCGUAUUUGGGUGUGGCCGGCACCGACGUCCGCUUGUACCGUUGCAAAGAAUGGAGCGAUUCGGUGGUGAUUGAGGGACACGCGGCCGAAGUAACCGGACUGCGUUUCGGGCCCAACGCCGGCUACCUGGUCAGCUGUAGUCUGGAUCGGACGGUCAAGUAUUACGGAACGUAGACGCAUUGCCAUUGAUGGCCUGCACCUCAUUGUUCCAUAUUUUCUUGAAUGUCUUUUUCAUAUUGUUGUUUAUUUUGAAGUGUAACGUUAAAUUCUCGAAGUGGUAAUUUUUACGUGGUUUUAUUUUGCCCGUUUGUAUUUAUUGUAUCAGAUGCCGUCAUCGAACGAAUUUGUUGUCUACCGACAUGCGGGGAUGGUGAAGGUCGGUAACCCUCUAUUUACUGUUAUUUUAUCCAGAAAUAAACACCGCUUAAU